CGAAAAAACAAAGAGAGGAGAGAAGCACAAACAAAGCUCAUAAUUCUACAUAAAAUCCUUUCUGUAGCCCAAAAUUUUCUUAAUAUAUAUAAUAUGGUAAUAUGUACUUGUACAUAUUUCUUUGGAAGUUGUACCUUUUCUUAUAUUUAUAUACAUUGACUCUGAAAAAGAGAGUUAUACACAUAUAAUUAUAGAGAGAGAAAGUCAUUUUGGAUCUCACCGCUGUACCCAUCUCCCUCUCUCUCUUCGUGUUCUCCAUUUUCACCAUGAGAAUAAGAAAAAAUGCAAAAAUCUCAGCGUUGCUUAGCUCAACCACAAAUCUUACAAGUGACGCCGAUGAAUCAUUGCUAAAGAAGAACUUGUGUCAGCUUAAUCAAUCUCCAUGGGAUAUCAUCACUUUUCCGUCUUCGGAUUCAUCUUCUUCUCUCCACCAGUUCGAUGAUUAUGAGGUUUACUACAACGUUAAUCUUGCUGGAAAUGGAAGCUCGGUUGAUUCCGUAGGAGAUUUGGAGAGUGUGGCUUUGAAGACCUCUCGGGAAGAUGAAAACGAUAAUGACAAUUGUGGUGACAUUUUAGGGUUUAAGGAAGAAAUUGUGUUGUGUGAUAAAUUAGAUGAAAAAGGAUGGCAAUGUGGAAGGGUGGUCAAAAAUGGCAACAAAAUGUGUGAUCACCAUCUUUCGACCACUAAGAAAAAAUCUCGGGUGAUAUCCGGGUCCAUGACAGGGGCCCGGCCUCACCGAACCAAAAAACGGCCCACAACGAACCCGCAUGAUUUCUAUUAUUAUUCAGGGUUUGGGCCGUCUUGGGGCAAGAAAAGAGGGGCAACGGAUACAACUACAAGUACAAUUACAUAUAUUUAUAACGAAGCUAAUACGGUUGCUAAGAACGGUUAUGAAAGGGUUGAUGUUAUCGGUGAUAUUGAUAUACAAGAAAAAAAGCGAAAACGAUUGGAACCCGAGAUUUCCGAGGUGGGGUCCAUGAAAGUGGAAUUAGAUAAUAUCGACGAUGACAAAAAGGGUAAAGUGGCAAUUAUUGGCAAGAAGAGAGGGAGGAAGCCGAUCAAGGCAAGAUCAUUGAAAUCUUUGAUGUGAAAAAGCCUUUGUAAUGGUUUUGGAUAAUGUAUAACUUUUGGUUUUGUUGUGUGAUGGUACGUACUUGGCUCACCUUCAACGUCAUAUUAUUAUGUUACUUAAAUGCUUUGGAUACAUCGUUUUCAUUUGGUCAUUUAUUAUAGAAUGCCGUUCAAAAGAAAUAUUAUUGAAUAAAUUUUG